GUCUAAGGUCAGAACACUAUGUUGUCCCCACCAAUAUUUCACAAGCAAGGGGAGGAGAUCCUCGCAGGCACAAAGGAGCAGCAGCACCGUGAAAACCCAGCAUUCCGGGCAGGUGGCGGCCUCGGCUCCACGCACCGCAUCCAGCUCUCCGAGCCAGGCAUGAGGGCAGAGGGGAUGUCACCCCUCCUGGCUCUGGGGCUCCUGGUGGCUGGGCUCUGCUCCAGGGUCCACUGCCUCCCAGAGGGUGCACUUGACCUGGAGAAGGUGACCCAGGAGGACCAGCACAGAGAGGCAUCUGUGGACAACUUCACAUUAGCCUCCAGCAACACCAACUUCGCCUUCAGCCUCUACAAGCAGUUGGCUUUGAAGACCCCCAAUGAGAAUGUCAUCUUCUCCCCACUGAGCGUCUCCAUGGCCUUGGCCUUCCUGUCCCUGGGGGCCCGCGGCACCACCCUGACGGAGAUCCUCGAAGGCCUCAAGUUCAACCUCACGGAGGGGAAAAUUGUGGAUUUGUUCAAGAGGCUUGACCCACUCACAGAAGUGGUCCUGGUGAAUUACAUCUACUUCAAAGCCAAGUGGAAGUUGCCCUUUGACCCCCAAGUUACAAACCAGGCAGAGUUCCAUGUGAGCGAGAACAGGUCGGUGGAGGUGCCCAUGAUGAGGAUCCCGAGCCUGGUCACACCUAUGUUCCGGGACACGGCGCUGGGCUGCGUGGUGGUGGAGCUCCAGUACACCAGCAACGACAGCGCCCUCUUCAUCCUCCCGGACGAGGGCCGACUGGAGGAGGUGGAGGCCAAGCUGCUCCCGGAGACACUGAGGAGGUGGAGAGACUCACUGCAGCCCAGAGAAAGAAUUCAUCUCCUUCUGCCAAGGUUUUCCAUCUCCGGUGACUAUGAUCUGAAAGGCAUCCUUCCUCAGCUGGGCAUUAGGAAAGCCUUCACUGACAAGGCUGACCUGUCAGGAGUCACAAACACCACAGAACUGUGGGUUUCCCAGGUGGUCCACGGCGCUGCUCUUGAUGUGGACGAAGAAGGCACUAAAGCAACUGCGACCACGGGAAUUAGCAUGGAAAGCAAGUCCAUGGACAUGAUCCCUGUGCACUUCAACAGGCCCUUCCUGUUAUCCAUAGUGCACAGAGACACCGAGAGCGUCAUCUUUUUGGGCAAAGUCACAGACCCCAGUCAGGCCUAGAGCUCCUCUCUGAGCUGUGAGCCCCUUCCCUAAGGAGCUAGGUGCCCACAUCUUGGGCACAGCCUGGCCUCUGUGCACCGAGGAGCUGGCCUGCCUGCCCUCCCCCCUACCUUGCUCNUCCUUCAGAAGGUGACAGUGACUCUGCUGGUGGCUCCCACAUGUACAGGGAGUCUGUGCCCUGGUCAGUAGUAGCUCUGAGACCCUCCUCUGACAGCAAUAAACCACUUUGUGUGGACUGGA